AUGCCUAGAACCGAGUUGGAGGGCAACAACCUUAUUGCGAGAUUGGGGAAACGUUCAAAAUAUAUUAUAACAUAUAACAACUAUAUACCUCGUACACAGACUCUGGGUGACGUACUCGACUGUCCGCUAUGCCUGUCCACGUUCAGCGCAUCGACCAUGGUGAGGCUUGCCUGGUGCUCGCACCGAUGUUGCGAGUCCUGCCUGCGACAGUACUUAGCUAUAGAGAUCUUCGAGGCGAGGGUGCCUGUCAACUGCCCCGUCUGUCACGAAAGCAUGCAUCCUUCUGACGUGAGGAGAAUAGUGGACAACCAAGCCUUGUAUGACAAAUAUGAAGAGUUCUCGGUGCGGAGAGCCCUUGCAGCUGACCCUGACACGAGGUGGUGUCCAGCACCUGAUUGCAGCUUCGCGGUGGUGGCGACAGGUUGUGCGUCGUGCCCCAAGCUGACGUGUCUAGCGCCGGGUUGUGGGGCAUCAUUUUGCUACCACUGCAAAGCAGUUUGGCAUCCGACGCAGACCUGUGACGCGGCGAGGCGAAGUCGCCAGCCUCCGCCUCGGGCACCCCAACCUAUGCACCACGACAUGGAGCAUGGUGAAGUCAAGCCUUGCCCCCGAUGUUCAGUGCUGAUCGUGAAAGUCGAAGAUGGCUCUUGCAACCACAUGGUGUGCUGUGUUUGUGGGGCUGAGUUCUGCUGGCUUUGUAUGAAGGAAGUCUCCGACUUACACUAUCUUAGUCCAAGCGGUUGUACGUUCUGGGGCAAAAAGCCAUGGUCACGAAAGAAGAAACUUCUCUGGCAACUUGGUACUCUAGCCGGCGCGCCACUGGGUAUAGCUGUAGUGGCUGGAGUUGCGUUACCAGCUUUGCUGGUUGGUCUACCUCUUUGGGCCGGUCGAAGGGCUCAUAGGCGACUCCGGAAGGCUAAACCAGCGCGACGUAGAGCUGCUGUAGCUGCUGCUGUGGCCGCUGCGCUAGUAAUAUCGCCGUUAGUAGCAGGCCUAGCUGUCGGUAUCGGGGUACCCAUACUGUUGUUUUAUGUGUACGGCGUGGUUCCUGUAUCGCUGUGUCGCGCUGGGGGCUGUGCGGCUGCACCACCACACGCGGAAGACGAAAGAGAACACGCUUUAGACAUAGAUGCCUACUCGCGCCGCUUAGAGCCCAGUAUAGGUGACGCAUCGCUAUCCGCCGGAUCUCAGCACGCGGAGGUACGCGCGCCCUCUCUAGCGGGCCUAGCUGGCUCGCUUGCCUCGCACGAUACGCACUCGCCGGCCGCUCACCGCCUCGAAGUGACCGCCGAUGUUGCGGCGUCCGACAACACCAGCGCUGCCAGCUGGCCCGACGACCUGCCCUCUACCUCAACUCGCUCAGCGGCCAGGCUCAGAAGCCUAUUCCUUUACGGCUCAGCUGUCCCCCCCAACGAUCUAGAAGCUGGCACUUCCACAGUUAACACGCCACCGGUGAAAAUAGAAAUGACAACGACGUGUGAAACUAAACCUAAUUCUCCAGCGCCGGGCGACUCGUAA